CUAUCGGUCCCAUUUUAUCAUCUUUAUAUUUUUUCAUGUUUUCUAUAAUAUUCAUUAGAUAAAUGUUGUUGUCCUGUGAACAAUUAAUCAAUUAUAUUUAGAUAGGUUCUUUACCUUUCUGUAUAUUUAACUAGAGUUUUUCGCGUGACAGAAAACAGGAAGCUUCAUCAGCAGUUUCAAAUUCAAUUGCCUUAUUCAUGGUGAUAUAUUUUCCGAAGCAUCUGGUUGGGAUUUCAGUCCCCGCUUUCUCUCUCUCUGGAACUGAAGGCACUUCUAAGAAUAUAAAGGUUCCGUGGGCAAAUUAAAAUAAUAAUAGGAAUUUGAAAGGGAAAAUAAUGGCAAAGGUAGUUGCUAACUCAACAGCAGCAGCAGCAUCGUCACAAGUAGAGAUGGUUGAUAUUAUUGCUUCUUCUCAAUCAUCACUCCAAUCACAUGUAGUGCAGAUUGUUUCAAAUGAUGAAUGCUCUUCCUCUGAACUAAUACAAGAUAAUGGGAUAUACUUCGAAAAAUGCGUACCCCUUUUAAAGGUAGCAUUAAAAGGAGAUUGGAAUGCAGCUAAGCACAUGAUAGAGCAAGAUGAUAGACUGCUAAGAGCAGCCAUAGUAAAGAGGAGUGGGAAAACACUACUUCAAGUUGCAGCAGGAUCAAACCAUGUUCACUUUGUACAAGAGCUUCUAAAAAAACUUGAUCCACAUGAUCUCGAACUGAAAGAUAAGAACAAGAACAACGCCUUUUGCUCCGCGGCCGCAUCCGGGAACAUGAAGAUCGCUGAUAUGAUGAUCAAGAAAAAUGGUGAGCUACCAAAGAAAAGGGGUGGUGUAGGGAUGACUCCUCUUUACUUGGCUGCAUUACAGGGGAAAAAUGGUAUGACAAGGCAUCUGUUUCCCAUGACUAGUGACAUAUUAGAUGAAGAAGACGAGAGGUUUAUCUUCUUCCUUCUUCUCCAGAAUGGUUUGUAUGAUUUGGCUUUACAAAUGUUGGAAGAAAAUGAAGGGCUAGCAUCAGCUCAGAAUGAUGAGAAUGAGACGGGUUUGCAUAUCUUGGCUCGAAAGCCUGCUGAUUUUACCCAUCAAGGUCCAUGGAAUCUUAGAAACCUGGUCAUGGGAUCAAGUGUGACUCCAUUGAUCAAACUUGUUAGGAAACUUUGGAACAUACUUGUCAUGAAUCACACAGAGACAAAGGUAUGGGAAUUGAUAAGUCUUCCAACACAAAUAACAUUCGAUGCCACAAAACUAGGAAAUUUUAAGUUUGUUGCGGAGCUUAUGAGAGCAGAUCCUGAUUUGAUGUGGGAAGUGGAUGCUGAAAAUCGAAGCAUAAUCCACAUUGCUGUUCUGCAUCGCAAUUCGAGUAUAUUCAAUCUUAUACAUGAAAUAGGUGCCACCAAAGAUUUGAUUGUUACUUUUGAAGACCAUGAAAAGAACAAUAUGUUGCAUCAUGCUGCAAAAUUAGCACCUUCAGCUCAGCUCAAACGAAUUUCUGGACCGGCUCUUCAAAUGACACAUGAACUACUAUGGUUCCAGGAAGUGGAGAAAAUAAUGUUACCAUCAUACAAAGAGUUGAAAAAUUGCGAUGGCAAAACACCCCAUGCAUUAUUCACUGAGGAGCACAAAGACUUAUUAACAGAGGCAGCAUCAUGGACCAAGAACACAGCCAAAAACUGCAUGCUUGUUUCAACACUCAUUGCCACUGGAGUCUUCGCUGCAACCUUCAACCUCCCCGGUGGCCGCAACAGCACCACGGGAACCCCAACCUAUUUAACGCAACCAUUGUUCCUUACAUUCGCCAUCUCCGACGCAAUCGCUCUUAUAUCAUCUUCAGCUUCAAUACUAAUGUUCUUGUCCAUUCUCGACUCAAGUUAUGCAGAGGAUAACUACUUCAGAUCAUUGCCUUUCAAGCUUCUAUUUGGGUUGAUUGCUCAAUUCGUUUCCAUCACAAGCAUGAUGAUAGCGUUUGGUGUUUCUUUUUUCAUCACAUAUUACCACGGUUCAAAUUGGGUUCCAAUUUUCAUUUCCGUUCUUGCUUUUCUGCCAAUACCGUUUUUCACAUUGAUUCUGUUUCCACUAUCGACAGAUAUUAUCCAUUCAUCUUAUUUUUGUUUGACAUUGUUUCGGUCAAGAAAACGAUUGCUUUGCUGAAAAUUAGAAGGCAUGGUAAAUUUACAUUUUUUUUUA